UGUCACAUAGUAUUGUAAUACGCCAAAAGUGACACAUAAUGUAAAAAUACUUGAUUGUGAAUUGUUAAUCAUAACAAUAAAUAUCUAUCCAAAAUAAUGGAAGGGCGUGACAGUAUUAUUCCGAUUAUUAACUUGCCAGUUUCCCCAGACCGUGAACUGUUAGUUUGGGAGAAAUGGAUACAAAUCAGACAAGAGGAAACGACUGGCCUGGGAAAAAAACUGCAAAGAGAACCAGUAGAUCUUCUGAUGAACCAACUGGACAAAGUGCGGGAGAUAAAAGAACGAAAAAUUGUCUUAGAACAUGCUCAAGUAGAGAAAAAAUACGGUGUGCGAGGGUCUUUGUGGGAUCGACCGCCUAGGCUGAAACAACGUUGUUACUGUCAGCCGGUUUAUGAGCUCCAUAGGACUCCAGCAGAAAUAGGGCGUCCAGGAGUGAUCGAACAUGUUGCUGUACCUACGUAUGUCCUUAAAAACGAAAUGGGAAUGGCUGGCGAAACUCAGCGUUUGCCAUUUCUCCAAUUGAAUGCUGAUUACAAUAAUUAUAGAGAUAAACGUGAGCUAGAACUUGAGGAAAAUAUUAAAAAAAUUGACCCUUUCAGGCCAGAUAUUAGAAAUUUGAUAGUUAAAGGAACAAAACCUGGAACACCACCGCCAAAAAUGCCACCAGUGCCAGAAAUCGUUGUAGAUGAAACGAGAGAUGUUUGCGAAGGGGCUCUAAGUGGCGUCUAUGCAAUCAGAAUAAAUAAAACAGUUAUUUAUAAAGAUAUACCUGGACAAACACUGAUUCACAUACCAAAUUUCCAAAACGACGAUACUCAUGAACCUUGUACAACUUGGACUUACUAUUUUAAUGUCCCAAUGAAAAGAGCUGGUAGAGCUAAACUUUUUCUUCAAAAUCUUGGAACUGUGACUAUAAGAUACUGCUGGAAGAAAAUAAAAAGAAUCAUUCCAUACGUUCCUGAAGAAGUUUAUGAACAAGUAUUCUUCUUUAACAAAAAUGAAGAUGUGUUAUCUCCUGGACAGAGCAAAGAGAUAUUCUUUACAUUCAUAUCUAACAAACCUGGAAUUUACAGUGAAUAUUGGGAAUUGAGCAUGUGUAAUAUAUCUUUUUUCGAUACUAUGAGUGAGAGAUUAGCUUUUAAUUUAUAUGCCGAUUCAGUUGAAAAUGUAGACAUGAUAAAACGUAAAAUUGAAGUACUGAAAACUAGAAUCAAUAGGAAAACUAUUGAUAAUUUGGCCACUGAGUUUGUCAAUGAAAUAUUCGAUAACGUUUUUACUGUGCCUCCUCAAAUUUAUCCAUACAAGAAGUUCUUUUUGGAAGCAGAAAUAUUUGUUUUGAAAAACCCGGUGUGUUUCUACCACCAGACUGAGGUAGCGAAGAUGAAAGAAUAUUAUACGGAAAUGGUUCCAGGAGAGCUUUGGGACUUAUCUAUAGGUACGUGGAGGGACCAGAUGAUGGCAAAGGAAUUCGAUGACAGAAUGAAGUAUUAUGAGCUGUUGAGGAAAUCCCAUGCUGAGUUAUUAAAACCAUGGUAUGAGGGAGAAGACCUUUUGAAAGAAAAGCAUCGCGCUGUAAGAUUGUUAUUAGGGAGGUUCAUUGAUAACUUUGAUAGAGAAUAUAUUAGUGUGAGUGAUUCAUUUUCCCGCCCACAGCCACCGUUAGCCGCAGGUAGUAGUUUGCGUGCUAAGUCUAAGAGUAAAACGCUUGCAAUUGACCCCUUCACCGCUCUCAUGGUACGAAAUAUUAUGUACAUACGUAUUUAUGAACACUUCAAUAAUACAAUUGAGAUGUGUGCUGGGGUAUUAAGCAGUUUAGAUCUUAAUAAGUGGAUGGAGUUUGAUUUUUGUCGGUAUUUCGAUUAAUUAUAUUAUGUUGCUUUAUUAUCCCAUGUUAGUUUAAUUACAAUUAUGAUGUUUGAUGUUUUUCUUUGCUUGAUAUCUUGAAUAAAAUAUUAUACAUUCGAACAAACUCUUCAUUUCUGAAACUUUAUCUGUAGGGUAAAAACGGAUCUUGUUACUAAAGCUUCCAUGUCUGGCCUUCUGUCUGCUACAUUUCAUGAACUAAAAAGUUGAUAUUUCACAGACGAUGGAACGAUCAACGUUGAGUAGCAAAUGAAUUAAGCACAUUAUUAUAUCUCAUCCUAUCCUGACGCUUUAUGUUCCCCGAGUUAACAAUAGCCAUUUGUGUUAAGCAUUUCUUAGGAAAAGUUCCUCCAUCCAAAGACAUAGAAACUUUCCAGGCUU